UGUACUGUUUAGAACUGUACAAUAACAUUUUCCAGAAAAUAAACGAUUAGCUGUCUAAACUUGAUUGCCAUGUGAGUAACGCAUGUACGGGAAGUGAAAUAGCACAACAGGAUUUGGAAACACUGGACACUUCGUGAGUACACAUUAAGUAAUAAUAAAAGGCAUUGAGUCAACAGAUUACGAAUAAUUUUUCUUAGUUCAAGUGGACAUGAAGACUUAGUUCCAUAAUUAAUACUUUUAUUUUACAGCCAUGAUUUUAAAUGAAACCAAUGUUUACAAAAACAUUACAAGCGAUGAAAGAAGAGAAUAUUUGUCAGUGUUACAGCAAGAGUCAACCAUUGCCUUUAUUCCAACGUUUGUGUAUUUAGGACUCUUGGCCAUUGUUGGUAUUCCAGGCAAUAGUUUGGUAAUCAUUGUUUAUCUGACCAAGAUGACAAUGAAACCUUUAAGUAUUUUUAUAAUAAGCAUGGCUGUCAUUGACCUAAUUACCUGUUUAUUGAUUUUGCCAGGAAUUCUAUAUUUCCUACUUCAUAUGUGGGAUUUCAAUGAUCCACUAACGUGUCAGUUCUUCUUGGCCUUGAUUGCUCUACUUGUGAUGUCAUCUGCUCUUAUGUUGGUUUCAAUAGCAAUUAUCAGGUACAUGAAGAUGUGCCACCCUUUUAAAAAACAAGUGACCUUGAGGCAAACUAAAUUAAUUUGUUAUAUAAAUGUCUUCAUGGCGAUAGUUGUCUCAAUACCCCACGGAAUUCUGCAAGGAAAACGCAGCCGACAGACACAAAAUCCAAACAUUGUUGGUUAUUAUUGUAAAAUAGACGACAGCUAUGUUGAAACCAUUUGGCCAACUUUAAACUCUGCUUUUUUAUUUAUUUUGUUUUUCGUAACUAGCUUCACAGUGACAUUUUGCUAUGUACGUAUCGGGUGUGUCAUUCGAGGACAUGGAAAGAAUGUCCAUCAAAGGAAUUAUGUAUCAGCUACAAAGCAACACAAAGAUGUAAAAGUUACAGACUUCGGAGGUAGAACACAUAAAAAAAGCUGUUUAAAAUUUGGGAUUGAGAACGAAUCUGAAAGUGUGGUUGAACCUGUAACAAUUUCAGACCUCAUUGACAUAAAUACCGAAACAAAAAGUAACGAUUAUAUUAAUGCGAAUGUUGAAAAUUACAAUGUCGAAAAAUCCAUUUCGACUGACAGCCCUGGUAGAGAUGACUUCUCAGAUAACAUCGCCCUAGAUGAAUUUAUAAUCAAACAAAGAUUUGAAACAGUUACCCCAAGUUACGUCAAUCAGAUUCCUGCCCUUGAAAAGCAAAGAAAGCACUUAAAUAGAACACAUUUCAUGAUGUUGACAGUGACACUUGUUUUUUUUCUGGGAUUUCUUCCUUUUCUUGGUUUAAAUGUUCUUCUUGCUGUAUCUCCAGAGACAGUGACCUCACUCAAAGGAUGGUCCUUGGCAAUGUAUCAGUUGUUUUUAGAGUCCUAUCUUGUAAACUGUGCUGCUAAUCCAAUCAUCUACAGUUUGAUGGAUCAGAAGUUUAAAGAUAUUUGUAUUCAAAUGUUUAAAAUCAAGCUUUGAGUACAAACUCACACAUUUAUAUAAAAAUAUGUAAACAUAGACCUACUUACACUAAAGUUCUCCCGCGCAUUUUGACUCACAUGGCGACAAGUUCUCCUCGUGUAUUGCAUAUGUUUUGUUCAUGUUUAGCUCCCUUUAUUCUGCCAUGAUGUAUGAGAAAGAAAUUAAUAGCAAUGAAUCUCACAUUGUUGUGUAACGAUAAUCAAGCCAAAUAUUGUGUUCCCUGUAUAUUAAUGAAAUUCAAUGCUGUUUUAUCCCUCAUUGUUGAUAAUUUUUAAUUUACGAAUGUACAAAAAAAAAAAAUCAUGGCUUUGCAAUAAAUAUUAAAACAUUUCAGUGAAAAAA